GGUGCCGCCUUAUUCCAGUGGCCACUUUUUAUCCAAAGAACGUAAUACCGUGAACACAUAUGACAGUGUUUAUCGAGUCAUUCACAAACUCAGUUUAAUAAGUUGCAACUUGAAGCUGCCCUGCUUUACGUCCAAGCGAUUCCAAAUGGAGUCCGCCGUUGAUGACGAGAUGAGGCCCUAAUCUUCCCAAAGUGUGCCCUAAACUUCCCUCCCUGAAAUCCGAGCUGUCUUUUGUCUCUGACUCCGAAGAGAGAGAAUCACGUGUACUUUUGGGUCUGGACCGAAUAUAAAAUUGUUUCUGAGAGGGCAGCUUCUCCUGGCAGAGCAGGAUGUGAUGUGGCAGCCCACCCUCAGCCAGAGCCCCGGCUGCACAGCAGGGCCAGGAGAUGUUUGAAGUUAAACCCAAGAGUGGGGAGAAGGUGGACCCCUCCAGCGACUCAGGUGAUGGCGCCGAAGCCCCAGAGCCCGAGCCCGCUUGGUUUGGGUCCGAAUGUGAGUCCCUGUACCCGCUUGAAAGCCGAGACAUGGUGGCGCCCCCCUGUGGCGCCGAAGAGGAGGAUGCCGCCAUCUGCCCAGUCCUGGCAGAGCAGACGCUGCCCUACAUGGUCCUCACCACUGACGGGGUGGACCAGAUGGCCAGAACCCAUAAUGACGUAGCCAUGGUGACACACCUGCUGGCUGAGAGGGACCGCGACCUGGAGCUGGCCGCACGGAUUGGCCAGUCCCUCCUGCAGAGGAACCACCUGCUUCAGGAGAGGAACGAGGCCAUGGACGAGCAGCUGGCCAAGACAUCGGAGCAGGUGCGGCAGCUGCAGCACGAGCUGGUGAAGAAAGACCAACUCCUGCGUAUGGUGGCCAACGCCUCGGAAGAGGCUGAGGCUGAGCCCCGCCGCUCACCGCCACCCUCGUACCGUCGUCCUUUGACCGCCAGUCUCACCGCCAACCAGCUGGAGGUGCUGCAGAGCAAGCUGCAGGAGCUGGAGGAGGAGAACGUGGCACUGCGGUCUAAGGCACGCCGUCUGAAGACAGAGACCCUCACAUACGAAGAGAAGGAGCAGGAACUGGUGCGGGACUGCGUGCAGGAGCUCCGUAACUGCAACAGCCAGAUGGUGGCGCUGACAGACGAGCUGUUCCAGAGGAACGAGGAGCUCCUGCGUCACCAGGAGGAGAUCGCCCAGCUUCUGUCUCAGAUCGUGGAACUGCAGCACCGCGUGAAGGAGCUGGCCCUGGAAAAGGAGGAGCUGAGGGCCCACUUACGGGCUUCCAGGGAUGCCCAGAGACAGCUCACUGCAGAGCUCAACGAGCUGCAGGAGGAGAACAGCGAGUGUACUGCCAUGCUGCAGGAGUCGCAUGAGGAAAUCAAGGAGCUGCGCGGCCGGAGCCUGCCGUCUGCGGCCCUGCAUACACACCUGCCCUACGGGCUUCUCCCCCAGGACUCUCUGGCAGCAGAAAUUGAAGGCUCCAUGCUGAGGGAUCGGAGUGAAGAGGAGGGAGCUUACCAGGAGCAGAGGGUCUCCCAGAGACGUGUGUUCCAGGCGGUGCGCUCCAUGAACAAGUCCGUUCACCAGGCCGCCAUCCCGGGGUCAUCCCGCGGCGGCGUGGUGAUGACGGCACAGCCCUUCCUAUCCACACAGGUAGAUGGCGCCGACGAGUCUGGCCACAGCGCCAGGAAUCAGGCCCAGCUGGGGCAGCCGGACUCCCCCGGAGGAGGGGACCUCCUUGCUGCUUUGCGCCGCCUCUCGCUGCGGAGGCAGAACCACGCCUGUGAGCUGCGUUUCUUCCAGGCCCAGCGGGAGGGGAGGCUGCAGGAGCAGCUGGGGAAGGAGGCAGAGGUGGGCGGCUGCACUUCCCCAGGUGGCAGCUCCGUCUCCUUCAGCUUCUCUGACCUGUCUGCCAGUGGCUACAAGACCUUCCUCCCUGAAAAGCUGCAGAUUGUUAAGCCGAUGGAGGGCUCGCUGACUCUGCACCACUGGCAGCAGUUGGCCCAGCCGCACCUGGCCAGCAUCCUGGACCCGCCCCCUGGCGUCGUUACCAAGGGCUUCCGGCCCCUACCGCAGGACACCGUGUACCGCCUCACAGACCCGGAGGAGGACGAGGAGGAGGAGCGGCUUGCAGACGGAGCCCCGGGGACACGGCGGCAGGCGGGUGUGGGGAGCAAGUGGGAGGAAGAGGACAAUGAGGAGGAAGAGGGGGGCAUUGUGUUUAUGGUGCCGUGCACAUCCACCCCUGAAGAAAAGAUGGAGGGCAGGAGAUUAAAUCCCCCGCUCCCAUCCCCUCCUGCCUCUGUGGCCCAAUCCGCCCACCAGCAGGGGGCUCAGCUUUCCAGUUCAUAUUCUGUCGUGUCAGGUGAGCCUCCAGCAAGCACUGCUUUGUACCGGAACAGGUGUGUUGAGGUAUGUUCAGGGGCACCGCCGUGCAGCAGUGCUCUGUCUGCAUCUGCAGAUCGAAACCCCGGGAAGUGCCUGAGCUCCACUUUCUCCACCUACACCUUCACCACCUGCAGAAUUCUGCACCCCAGUGAUGUCACCCAGGUCACACCCAGCUCUCUCUGCCGCCCCCUGGUGGCAGUGACCAGCAACAUACCCAGCUCUAUGCGCACGGGCCCCAGCACACCUGUAACUCCCUGUCGGCUCAGCCUAGAGGAAUCGCUGCCCCCGAUGGCACCAUGUGGGCUGGCCAGGAUCCUGCUGGAGAAGGGUAUCUCCGCCCAGUGCCGGCCAGCUCCUGUCACACCUCCCUGCUUGCUGCAGCAUGCGGACCCCCCCUCGCUGGGCCCGUUCGAGCCGGCUGCCUCCUCCGACAGCUUCCUGGCCUCCCGGCCCGCUGAGCUCUUCCUCCAGGACGUGUACGGGCUGAGGUUGGGCCGACCGCAGGCCGAUCCGCCCCCCCUGGGAUUAGCCGAGCGGCUCCAGCGGCUCGGAUUCACUAAGAAGCUGCAGGUGGGGUCGCCGAGGGCCCCGGAGUCUGCCCUGCCCUGUGUGGCGGCCGGCUGCAGCCUCCUGGAGAGGCUGCGUCGGAACCAGAGCCUUCCCACGGUCGUGGGGGGCUGGAGCCUGCCCCUGAGCGGCCCUUUGCCGCAGCUCACACCCCCACCGCACAUGAGCCUUGCUCCCACAGAACCAAACACUGUCCUUACCUCUCUGUCCCACAAACAGGCCACACACGGCAGCAUCAGGCUUGACAUUGGAGAGGGUCCAUCUACUGACAGAUAAUCAUCCUCAGCUCCACCUCUGUAAACUAGCACACGUUCCAUAGAGGAGGGAGCCAAUGUGAACUUGUUAAUCUCACGGCCACUGAGUUCCUCCCCUGAAAGGUGUGGAUCCUGAAUUAUCCCAGUGAAAUACAGGGACGUAAAAAUGGCAACUCUGUAAUAAUAAUGCCGGUAUUAAGCAAAAAGAUAAUAAUGCGAAUAUUCAUAACAACUAUAAUAAAACCCAAAACAGACUGAUUCAGGUAUUAAAAGGAGCAGCAUCCUUUACUGUUACUUGAGUUUUAGCUGUAAUAUUGUAUUUCUCUGCAGUU